AUGGCUUAUGAGGAUAGUCUUUUAGUAUUGGUGCAUUAUAGAGGGUCGAUUAAGAAAAAAACGCGUUUCGGAAUUAAGAUUACUGAUAAGGAUCCCCUUAGUGUUUUCCUGAAACCUUCAACGAGCUUUAUUGAGUUCCUGAAUUCUAUAAUCCAAAAACUGGGGUUGCAAGGCGUGAAACGAAUUGAGAAGUUAUUCUAUAGAAUUUCGAUUUCAAUUUUGCGAGAUGAUGUGAAAUACGAUUCGUUCAUCAUAGGGAGUGACAAAAAUUUGCAAGUUCUGUUCUAUUAUCGUCGGCAGUUUCCCGAGGUUAAUACCCCUGAGCUGUUGGCCAAGCUUAUAAAUGUGGUCUCCAGCUCAAGAGGUUUGAACCGGAAUCCCCAACCUCCAGCAAUGGCAGCCUAUUCUAGUUCAAGGCCUGUUGGUGCCUCUUCAUCUGUGCCUAUGAUUGCACCUGAGACAACGUUGGUUGCCUCCUCGUCCUUCGCAGCUGAUCUAAACUGCAGUCGUGACGGAAUAAUAGGUGAUACUACGAUGGCUAGAUUUAUUGAUUUGGCGCCAGUUUCAUUACAGGGUGGAGCAUCGGAUGGUGUGGACGAUGUACUGCGAGAUGAUGAUGACGACGAUGAUGUGGAGCCCGAGACAAUUGUUGAUGAUAGUGGUGAUGACAUAGCAAGAAAUAAUCCAGUUGAGGGUGGUGGAGCGUCUAGUUCAGUUACUCAAUAG